AUGACGACAGUUAUAUGCGACAAGGCGGAAAAAGCCCAGGGUCUUUUGGAUAAUGCUGAAGAGAUUCCAUCACUCAAAACAAUUAUUGUCAUGGAUACGAUCAGCGACAGUAACCAAGCAACAGCCAAGAAGCACAAUAUCCGGGUAUUAUCGUUCGAAGAGGUUGAGGAAAUGGGACGGAAGGACAUUCAGUCUCCAGUUCCACCUAAACCAUCGGAUUUGUCAACUAUAAGUUUUACUAGUGGUACAACAGGAGACCCAAAAGGAGUAAUGCUCACUCAUCAAAAUAUAGUGUCCAAUGUUUCUGGUUUUCUCUUCAUCAGUCAGAUGGUCCACAAGAUGUCACCUGAAGAUGCCUACCUGUCCUACCUCCCGAUGGCUCACAUGUAUGAACGCACCUGUCAGACUGCUCUGUUCAUGAAGGGCAGUCACAUAGGGUUUUACUCGGGAGACGUGAAGCUGAUCCUGGACGACCUAAAGAUACUGAGACCCACCGUGUUCGCCACAGUGCCCAGACUACUCAACAGAAUCAGAGACAAAGUUUAUGCCGGAGCCAGUUCUAACAGAAUCAAGAAGUAUUUGCUGGAUUUAGCCGUCUCUAAAAAAGUUCAAAUGGUUAAAAGAGGCGUGGUGUCACGGAACACGAUCUGGGACAAGCUUGUGUUCAGAAAGAUUCAAAACUUGCUAGGUGGGCGUGUCCACGUUGUGUUCACCGCCUCGGCCCCCGUGUCCGAGGAUACUCUAAACUUCACCAAGGCUUCAUUCGGCUGUCUGGUAAUGGAAGCGUAUGGUCAGACAGAGGUGAACGCAGCAAUAACUGUACAGUUCCCCGGAGAUACUUCUGGAGGGCAUGUUGGAGGACCACUUGUGUGCAAUUAUGUGAAGCUUGUAGAUGUCCCGGAAAUGAACUAUUACGCCAGCGAGCAGAAAGGGGAGGUGUGCGUGAAGGGGCCGAAUCGGUUCCAGGGCUAUUACAAGAACUCCAAGAGUACACAGGAGACCAUUGAUGACGAUGGCUGGUGUCACACGGGCGACAUUGGAAUGUGGCUUCCGAAUGGAGCUCUGAAGAUUAUUGAUAGAAAAAAACAUAUCUUUAAAUUAGCUCAGGGAGAAUAUAUUGCACCGGAAAAGAUAGAAUCAAUCUACGCACAAAGCAAAUAUGUCGCUCAGAUAUUUGUCGAUGGAAACAGCUUGAAGACGUGUUGUAUGGGAAUUGUUAUUCCUGACGAAGAAGUGAUGAAAGUGUGGGCGGUAAACAACGGUUUACCUACCGACAUGAGAGAACUUUGUAAACUGAAGCAAGUGAAGGAUAUUAUACUGAAAGAUCUAACUGCACUUGGCAAAAAGGCUGGUUUGAAAGGUUUUGAACAGGUCAAAGACAUUGCAAUCCACGCAGAACUAUUUUCAGUGGAAAACAGCCUUUUGACCCCCACAUUCAAAUCCAAACGUCCAGACUUAAGGCGGACGUUCAAGAAGACAUUCGAAGACUUGUACGCCCAGCAUUCUAUUUAACAGUCGUCUUCUUGGACAGCUAUCUUAUGAUAUUAUUAUACAAAUAGCAAUGUGUAUAUUAGCGGGUUUCUUAUCCACUGAACGAUGUUUAAAAGAAGAUAGGGCAGCAUAUUGUGGAGGCAGUAAUACAGACAUAUCUGGAAAUGUUUUGGCGUGUGUAUGAUAAUAAUAAUAUGUUGUAGGACAGAAAUAUUAAUGUUUAUGAUACUCUUAGAUUUUGCUCAAACAUACGACUGCUUUUUAAACCAUUUUGUUUUCAGCCAUAAUAUUUUUGUAUCUACAGUUUUCUCUACAUGCAUCAUACGUCUUCGUCUUCUUCGACGUCGUACGCUCGGACAAGGACUCCAGUGGCUCGAACAAAAGCUGCUGUAUUCCGUAGGUUCUGCAAGGGGCCAAAGAGUUUCUCCUUCAGGGGUUUCAUCUGAAGGCCAGACUGCUUUUCUCUGGUUCUGGUAGGUGGGACAGUGUUGCAGGAAAUGUUCCACAGUCAUGGAUGCUGUACCACACUGGCAGGUUCCACUGUUUCCCACUCGGAAUUUGGUAUACAUGUUGGUAGUUGGAUCUACAGUGGCCUGUUCUCAGUCGCAUCAUUAUCACACAUGCAUCAUUCAAUAGCAAACUGAAUGUGAAUGAUUUAAAUAGAAAUGUUUUUUUAUUAUUAUUAUCUGUAAAAUAAGUUAGGCCUACUAUGCACGUAAGCUUUGUCAAUGCAUGUUAAUAACAUGUGAGAUGUCUGUUUUGAAUUUAAUAGCGAGUCUGUGUUUUAAAUUAAUGACGUCUGUUUAGAAUAAGAGAGGUCUGUUUUGAAGUUGUGACAGCCGUUUUGAAUAGUGACCUUAGUCUUGUUAUAAUGUUUGUUCAAGGUUUUAAUUUUAUUUAGUGAUGCCUGUCUACUAAAUAAGCCGAAUCAUUUUGAUUCAAUGACUUCUGUGUGUGUUGAAUUAGUGCCGUCUGCGGUUUGAAUUGAUAACGUCCAAAACGUUUGUUUAAUUAGUGGCGUGUGUUUUGUUUGAAUUUGUGUUUUAAAUAAGCGUUGUUUGUGUUCUGAAUUAGUUGUAUCUGUUUUAUAACCGGCCUCGGUGGCGUCGUGGCAGGCCAUCGGUAGGUACUGGGUUCGGAUCCCAGUCGAGGCAUGGGAUUUUUAAUCCAGAUACCGACUCCAAACCAUGAGUGAGUGCUCCGCAAGGCUCA